GUAGUCGUGCAGAUUGUUGCUAAAUCAUCAGUUGGAUGAAAUUUGAAAAUUGAAAUGUUCUGGGGAAUGCAUUUUCUAUUGUGUGCAUUUUCCCGAGGGUACGGAACUCCUAGUUUUAAGCUAGCUUUGUAAGUUGGGUGAGUGUUGUUAUUACAAUGGCUCGGAUGCGGCAUGAUAAAUAGAUGUGCAUUGGACGUAAUUUGCAACUAAAAGCAAGUCUACUUGAACACAGUUGCUCUUGUUGAAUAGCCAUAGAAACGCAAAUAGAUUUAGCAAUAGAAACGCCGAUUUUUGCCAAGCUGUUUCAUUUUUAUUGCUAUUUUCAUCCAUGUUUUGGAAGUUGAUGCGGCCAAUGAAGAAGUCAUCAAUUACUUCAAGGGAAAUCUUCACAACAAAUGCAUUUUGUUUUGAAUUCGAAAAAUAUAGUUAAAAUAUUUUUCUGUGAACUGCCUGUCGUUUUGUCAUUCCUAAGUGCAUGUUGUUGUUAAUCUUGGCAAAAUGGGCAACUCGAUAAAGCCAUUCCGCGAGGAGACAAAUAAAACAACAAUGAAACCAAAAAGAAAAAUGCUUCGACAAGAUCACAAGUAUAAGGCUAAGGCAAAAAACAUUCGCCAGGAGAGUCAAGAUUCAACUAACAAUGGAGAGCCAAUUCAUAAUGAAAUAGAAGACGAUACAGAAACUAUGUCUGCUGUAAUUGUAGCAGAAAGGCUGCGGAGAACGUUGAAGUCUAUAGAAAAAGGAAUCUAUCCUGAUAUGGACGAUUUGCAUUCGCAGUUGACUUCUGUAUCGAUUAUUAUGGAUUCAAUGUCGGCGUCAGAGGAGGAGAGGUUUCUUACGGGACGACAGCCCUCCAUAGCCCACCAAAAAGAAAAUUCAGAAUGUGGAGACUUCAUUCCAAAAGAAGUGCAAAAAUGGCUGACAGCAACAUUUACAACUCAAUUCCACAUUUCAAAGAGUCUUACUCGAAAUCACUUCAAGUUCAAACAAGUUAUAUCUGCCGUCAGAUGUAGUUUAUAUGUCGAAAAAAUGUACAAAGAUGUCUGCGGAAUACGAUUACCAUCUGAUGUAGAGCAAUUACUUCAAACUGUCGACAAUUGGACAUGUGAUGUGCUGGAAAUCGAUGAAGUUAGUGAACGUCAAGCUUUAAGAUUCGUCGCUUUGGAAAUAUUUAGCAAAUUCUCAAUCCUCGAGAAGUUCAACAUUCCAUGGUCAAUGUUGGAUCAUUUUCUUCACGUAGUCCAGGAUGGAUAUCAGAAGUAUCCAAACGCAUAUCACAAUCAUUGCCACGCAGCUGAGGUUUUGCAGACAGUGCAUUUCAUGUUGAUGAAACUAGAUGCGGCGGCUGCUUUCUCUGACUUACAAAUAUUUGCAUUUUUGUUCGCCGCUAUGAUCCAUGAUUAUGAACACACGGGAAAAACGAACUUGUAUCAUAUAAACACGAGAUCGGAAUUGGCUAUGAUGUACAACGAUAGAUCCGUACAGGAAAAUCAUCAUAUCAGUGCGGCGUUCGGUCUUCUUAAUACGGAAGAAAUCAACAUUUUGGUCAACCUUAACUCUGGAGACUAUAGCGAGUUUCGGUCACUGGUCAUUGAAAUGGUUUUGGGAACAGACAUGUCCAAACAUUUUGAGGAAUUGAAAACAGUCAAAGCACGUUUAGUUAACAACAACAUAAGUUCAUUCGACCCAACAAAAUGCAUGCCGUUUGUUCUCCACUGUGCUGACAUUGGUCAUCCAGCAAAAGAAUGGUCAGUACACAAGAAAUGGGCUGAUAGAGUAAUGGAGGAGUUUUUUGAGCAAGGUGAUAUUGAGAAAAAUCUUGGUCUACCUUUGUCUCCACUUUGUGAUAGAAAAACAACGGUUAUACCAGAGAGCCAAGUCAGUUUUAUCAACAUAAUAUUAGCGCCGUCUCUUGAUCUUUGCGGUGACGUUUUGGAUCGCUUGAGGCAAUUUAGAGGGAUGAAGUUAAGCGAGAGCAAUAGGACACUUAGUAACAAAAUCCAAGAAGACUCGUUGAAAAAGCCGAUGCCUGAUAACUCGGACAAAAAGUUGUCCGUGAAAAAGGUUUUGACAGAGCAUUUACGAAAGAAUCGUAAAAGGUGGCAGGAACUUUGUCAAUCCUCUGAGCAAACCUAAGUGAAAAUCUAUAAUGAAAUAUGUUAUACCUUUUAGAUCAUCCAAUGACAAUUUUUAUUUCUUCUGUGUUUUACUACCGACGCCAGCUAUUUGCCCUAAUUUCACCAAAAUUGAUACAUAGAUAUAACAGUUGGGUGAAAUUCAUGAAACAGUAACAUCCACACUUGCUAGGCUUGUAUAUUUGAUAAGACUUGAGCUUUAUAGUUGAACCCUGACGGUUACUCUAACGUCCAGUCAGUUCUUCGUUCGUAAAUCACCAUCCAUUUGCAAUCCUUAUGAAAGUGUUAAGAGGCUAUGUAAAGUGAUUGAAAGAACAAACUUGGUUUGCGUGAUGCAAACAAGACAAAAUUUGAAUCUUAAACCACUGAAACUGAGGGGUUUUCGUGUACAUGUCAAUAUAAGAGAUUGAUCUUAUCAGGAUCGUACACUGUUGUCUGAUAGAUUUUUUAUAGUAUAUCCUGGAUGAGCUCUUCAAGCAUGACUGCUAUCAGCUCAUAAUUACGAUAAUUUACACUCAUAAAUAAAUUUAUUGCAUAGUUGAAAUCAGCUUAAUAAUAUUGAUAAAAUAAAAAGAAAUCAAAUAA